UGUUGCUUGAAAUAAUGAUCUAGGUUUGUUAUAAUUCUUCUUGUUGUUGUUGUUCUAAUAUAAAUUUUUCUAAUGUUUUAUGUUUGCUACUCACAGUUGUAAUAAUGCAAAAUGCAGUAUCUGCCUGGCAGCGGGUAAUAAAUGUAUUGUCAGUAAUCUCUGUUCAAGAAAAUUUGCUUAAUCAAAGCACUCAAUUAACCUUGGAUGCCUCCCAGUGAUUGUGGCAGAUGGAGUACUUCAAUGAGCUGGAAAAUAUAUUAUGGUAUAUAUUAAGGUAUAAGGUAUAUAUAAGGUAUAUUAAGGUUUCUUUUAGAUUUCUAUAUCAAUUUAUAGCUGUGAUGUCAGUUGUACAGUCGCAUGGAUGAGUAUUAUAACCAUUCGAAAAUGGGGUACCUGAGACAGAGGCUUUUUUGACUUCAGCGUUCUUACACAGCAGUAACAGAACGUGAGGCUGUACCUGCAGCUAACAGCUCAGGGUAUUGUUUGUGUGAAUCUCCGGAGUACAUGCCAGUGUUGCUAUCCCUAACCCACCUGUGCUAUGAAAGGCAUAUGUGGUGUCAUGAGGAAUUUUCCACAGAUCUCAAGAAAUUUUAAGGCUACUGGCGUCUGUUCAUCUGGAACAUAGUUUUGUCCGUCAUCCAUGCUCAAGGAAGGAAUUCAAAAGGGGAACAGGCAGAGAGAAGUUCUGCUGAGGUGAUGAAGGACUUGGAGUGCUUGGCCAUAGCAUUAAAGACAAAAUCGUGUUUUAUUAAGCAAAAGAGAGGCAAAACUGAAGCUAGCAGAUAAUGUUGGCACAGGAACCAAAACAUAAAUUGGCUAAGAAUAACUCUGCAAUAGAAUCUUACAUCAGGUUCUUUAGAGCAGAGAAAUUCUGAAACAGUCUUCCAAAUGAAGUAGUGAUAGAGAAAAAUAAUCUUAUUUCAAGAUGGAGUGUAAUAUUUCUGUGAAAGGGUGAUAUGGUGCAAUGCCAUACAAGGCAAUUGUACUCAAAUAGUCAUGAGAUCAGUUUGCAAUUAGUGUUGCUAUAAACCUAAAUUUCUUUGUACCAUUUGAAAACAUGAGCAGAAUUAUUACCAAUUGCAGGCAAGCAUUUCAAUAUUGCAGACCCUAGAAUGUUUUGAGCUAGUUGCUCUCAGUAGUUGUUGAUUAAGUAAGGAUAAGUGAUGUGGCUGCUACAGUGUACGGGUCUUAUAUUUACAUCCUGCAUCAUCUGCUACUGAGUGUCAUGAGGUGCUACAUGAACUAGAGCAAAACAGGCGAGACAGUGUUACUGCGUGUUGCAACAGGUUUCCUGUGAUGUCAUAUACUGAACCUUGCCCAAGGGGUUCCUAAUGUCUGGAAAGAGAGGAACAGAGAGAAUGGGGGAAGAAUACAUCCAGGGAUAUGGAUUCUUGGCCCAGGCUGAUGACCUUAAUGCAAAGCCACUGUCUGAAAGGAAGAGAGACUUGGACAAAGAAUCUGUGUCAAACGUGUUCAAAAAUGACGCAGCUAAUCAGCAGUUUAACCUUGAAGCUGCAAUUAAAAAUGUUGACAAAAUGUCCAAUGAGCUGAAGAAACUAAAUGUGGAAAGCCAGCUACUGCUUUGUGACAUUAUUUUGAAUUUCAACCACCCCAUGAAGGCAAAAGAUUUAAAAGAAGCUGAAGAAAAAACUUGGAGUUUGAUGGAUUAAGUAAUACCAUUCGUUUUCACACAUUGUCUUCUAUUAAUAGUUAUUCAGUUUGAACUGUAAAAUGACGUAAUGGUUUACUGCACUUGGAGUAUUUUUAUUUUAAUCUUGAAAUGUAGGAUGGAAAAACGUUAUAUGUAGCCCUUUGAUUUUGAGAAAUAUUUUUAACCCAAUUUUCUCAAACUAAGCAUAUUAGGUGUGGAAAGAGUGGCAUAAUUAACUUAAAAUGUCAGAAAAUUGGGUCUGAUGUUUUUCACACAUGGUUGACUCCUUUUAAGCAGAGGCAUACUGGAAGAGUAAUAAAAGAUUUUAAACUACUUCAGGUCAAGUCAUUGCUCUUUUCACCUUUGUGCUCAGUGAAAUGGGGUAAGAAAUGAUCGGUAAAAGAGAAAAUGCAACUCCUCAUUUGAUGUGCCUUCCUCAUUCUAAAAAUGUUGCUGAGGAAGGAGGCCAUAGAGAAAAUUACUUCUGGAAAACCAAAAGUAUUUUGAUCCUAGUUUCUGUAGUGACUCUCUAAUGCACAUGGCUACAAAAGACAGCAGAGUUCAAUAGUCUAAAUACCCUGAAAUGUCCUUGGCCCAAAAUUUGAAUAGCCAGUAUGUUUAUAUAUUUCAUUAGAAUUUAUACUUGUGAAAAUGCUUGAAUUUUGAGGUAUGUUUUUUAUCAUACAAAACAUGUUUAUUUGAAUAAUAAAAUCCAGACUUACUUUGCUGAAAAAAAAAAGUAUUCAGAGCUACAAUUUGUUACGUUGGCUUCAAUUUUAAAGCUCUUUCUCUAAUGAGGUGAUUUAAAACAAAUUAAACAAUUCCAUAGGAGGCAUUUCUGGGUUGUCAGAAUUUUCAAGGCAGUGCCGUAGAGUUACAUCUUCCAGCUCAUACAGUCGGUGGUAAUACUGAGGGAUUGAUCUUAAUUUUACCAUUCUUGGAAAGACAUACUGAAACUGACUUUUCUUUCACAAGACUAGACAGGAAAUGUUUCUUAAUAUAUACAUGUAUAUAUUUUUUACUCAUAGUUGCACAGAAAUGAAAUUCUCUAACUUUGAAUUCCAGCUGCUAGCCAAAUAUAUUGGAAAUGAAGAUAACACUUACAAAGCACAUAUAUUUAAAAUUGUGACUGUUUAUGAAAUCUGAUUAUUUUUUCUGAGAAUCUAUAUAAACUGCAUGGAAGACAGUAUCCUCCUUUGAGUUGUGGUUCAGAACACAGUUGACUUUAAAAGAGAAAAUGUGUAGCACGGUCCAAGGUAAUUCUUAAACCAAGAUCUUAUCAGAAGACAGACAUUCCUAGAAAACCUGGGAAAAAAAUUGGAUAAAUUCCACUUGACAAAGGAAUGGGAAAAAAACUUUUGAUAUAGUACUCUUCAGUGAUCCUCAGUUACAGCUUUUAUUUGAGAACUGAGAAAGUUUUUGUUUUUUUUUCUUGAGAAAGCACAGAAAAAAACAGAAAGCAGUUGUAUGAGAGGAACCCAGUUUAUCUGUCUACUUUCUAAGAGAUUUGGGUGUGGUCUUCCAAUUAAGAAUCACAUGAUGAUAGUCUUGUUGAUGUGUCUCCUGUAAAAGAAUGGUGGCUUAUUU